GUGGAAGGCGCCGCCGCCAACUUCGGGAAGGGAUUCGGGCAGAAAUCCAGCUACUUCCUCUGCCAGAGCAGCCAGGCCGGCCCGGGGGACGUGGUGGCGGCCGUGCAGGUGCUCGGCGAGAGGACGGCGCUGCCCGCGGGCUACAGCUACGCGCAAGAGUUCCUGGAGCCCCGAACGGCAGUCUCCAAGAAGAAGCGUGUGUGCGUGAGGCUCGUGCCCGCAGGCACAGCAGAGCUUGUGGUAUUCGACAUCAAGCUGAGCGGCAAAAACAAAGCAAUCCCACACUACGUGAAAAUCGGAGAAAUUGGCAGCUUUGCUAUUUGGUGUAAAAAGGGGCAUGCUCCUAAACCCAAGCCCCUCCCCAAGCCAAGAAACAUCAGUCUCACCCUGAAGCAGCUUUCACUAGAAACAGCUGAAUCCAACCAAGCCAAGAUGGAGUUCCCAUCAGAGAAGUCUGCCACUCACUUUGGCUCAAAACACACAUCUCUUAAGCGACAUGACUCCAUUUACGAGGCCUCUAAUCUCUACGGCAUUUCGGCAAUGGAUGGAGUGCCAUUUACAUUACACCCCAAAUUCGAAAGCAGCCUCGCUUGUGGCACUCAUGCCUUUUCCUUCUUAAAUAAUCUGAACAUCAAGUCACUUGCUGACAUUGAGAAAGAGUACGAUUACACUUUUGUAGUUGAAAGGACUGCAGCUGCCAGACUCCCACCCAGCAUCUGCUAACAGCAGAGAUGGCUCCAAACGUGGGCAAGAUCUGACCCACUGAGGCCGACGUCCACGACCGCCAUGUUGUACUUGACUCUCCCAGAUGAACAGUCCUGUGCCAGACCAAACCCUCUCUUCUGCCUUCUAGCCUUGUACUCAUUAGAGCACAUGGGUCUGGAUCUCUUUGGUGCUCCUGUUUAGCAACUUCUGUAAGAUUUUGUUCCCAGGGUAGUUGUAGCUGUAGCCUGAAGAACACUAGCCUGUGACCUGCCCAGGAGGAGGAGCAUGCUGACUUAGGCUAGACAUCCUGUGCAAAGUCUCAGGAUGGGUUUGCCAUGUUAUUCCUUUGUACAGCAAGGGAUCAUGCAUGUCAUGUUGCCAGUGAAAGGUGUUGGCCCAUCAGCAUUAAUCGUUCUGAUGGAGGUAGAUGUACCUACACCUACUCUCCUCUCCCUACACCAGAGCAGAGGCACGCAUGGUGCAUAAUUCCCUUUCUUUAUAUGGUAGAAACACUAAGCAGCCCAAAGGAUUGGAGGCUGAUACUUUCCUACAGAUUAAGCUAGAUUUUUUUUUGCCAAAGCUUUUACAGGCCUGUUUAUAUGCAAGUAAACAAGCCAAGUAACCUGCUUUUCUGUGCUUCUUUUGUAACCAGUGCACUCGCUGACCAGGUUGCCUUGAACACCUUUCAUGUCCUUAGUCCCCAAAAGAAGAAAUUCCAAACAGGUUUUAAAAUACAUUGAUUCUGAUUUAAUUACCAAAUCCUGUAAACGCUUCCUCAAGCGUGGGGCAGUACAAAACUCCCAACGCCUGUUGGCAUGUCCUGGAAACAUCUAAAAGUCAGCAGCAUGCCCCUUGCAGUUGAGUGUUACACUGGGGUAGUUUCCCAAUGAAUACAUAAGACAGCUUUUCCGUGCCUGCUUCCAGGCGAAGUUAAGAGUCAAUGUCCAAAGAAUAAAGAUUCUCCUUGCACCCUG